CAGUACAUGAACAUAAUGGAGGACCUAUCGGUACGAUCACAAUUACUGUCGGCAGCAUCGACCCGCAGCGCCGCUGACUGGUUAAGUGCCGCCCACCACUGCCAGCUCCAGCAGACGACACCCGCCUCCCACCAUUGCCUGCAGUCUUGCAGCAAUCAUCAGGAAAUGGCAGGCAUAUAUAUUAUACUGCUCUUAGGAUGCCUGGGGACUUGUAUGGGUACUGGUGUUGCACACGGUACAGAGAAUGAAGGGGAAGGUGAGUCCAAGAGUCCUAUUGUUAAUUACACAGGGCAGCACUUUGUAACAGAGAAACAGGGCUUCUACAUCCAGUGCAACCUCACCCUCUUCAACCAGCUCAAGUGGACUCACGAUGGCAAACCCAUAUUGACAGGGGAGGGGGGGUAUUCGAUUGAAGAAGCCACAAGUCCUCAAGGUUUCAAAGGGAGUCGCUUGUCUGUGGAAAAUGCUCAUAUGUACCACGCAGGGGAGUACAAGUGCACAACCUUCAGUCAACGAUCACAUACAAUAUAUGUUCUAAGUGCUGAUUUAUUUAGCAGUGACUUAAUCCACUGGAUUACUCCAGGCCACCUCUUCAAGCUGUCAUGUAAUAUGACCAAUGAUGACAGCACUAACUUUACCCUAGACUGGUUUAGAGAUGAUGAGAAGUUAGAAAGCAAUGACCACAUCAAGAUCAUCACAGCUAAUUCAUCUUUAAUCAUCAAUGAUCCCACAAAGGAUGAUUCUGGCAUUUAUAGAUGCCAGACCAGAGCAGGCAUUCCUAAAGACAAUCCUCUUGUCAAAAAUUUUACUGUCAUUUAUUUUACUAUUAGAAAAAUGACAAAAUCUAUUGUUGUCACUGACCAAGAAGAACUUUCCCUAGAGUGCCCUGUGGAUGGAAAACCAUUCCCUAAAAUUGUUUGGAGGAAAGAUUCAGUAUCCCUCUUGGAAAUGAAGGCCAAUGACUCACGGAUCAAUUUCGCUACCAAUGAGAAUGAAGUCCCUAAUGCUAAGCUUAUCAUCAGUAAAGUUGAUUCAAAUGACCGUGGUAACUACACAUGCAAUGUAACUACCCCCUUUGGCAGCUAUGAAGUCUUUACCUACGUCAGAGUUAAAGACAUCUAUGCAGCAUUGUGGCCAUUCCUUGGUAUUCUAGUGGAGGUGCUCCUGCUUGGAAUUAUUAUAUUCAUCUUUGAGAAGCGCCGUGCUAAGGCAGAAUUUGAGGAAUCUGACACUGACCAGGGGAAUGACCAGAAAAACACCGAUCACCACAAGGAUUCUGUCCGUCAGCGAAAGUAAGUAAAACGUUGCAAAUGACAACUAACUAAAUUUGUUGCCAUUUGAAAUGAACAGAAAAGGGACAUUUGCAGUGGAAAUAAGUCAUUGUUAAUGAUGACAGAUGAUUAAAGAUGUAAAUGAAAUCAUGAUUGACUGGGAGAUUUAAGCCAUAAUACAGAUUGUGAUUCAGCAUUUUAGAAAACAUAUUAGCAAAUAUCCAGAUAUCCAUGAAAAGGAAAUACUUAUGGUUGGCAUAAUACAUCAAUGAAAAGUUCAUAACAUUAUUACAAAAUAUUUUGAAUAUGAGAAUAUGAUAACAUUUAUUUAUUAAGGUCCAACUUUAUAGUUGACUUUUAUCCUCCAGUCAUAAUUCUUCAUUUUUUACUAUGAUUAUGUGGCACACCAAUUUUCCUAUGAAAACUGAUUUUUGCAUUUUGACAAGUAAUACAAUGCUUACUUUAUCAGAGCUUAUUCAUAAUUGCUCAGAAUGUUUUUAACCCAGGCAUUUCUUGCUGCUUGAUUGAUUAUUCAUUGUGCUAUAGUUGCAGAUAUGUUUUAUCCUUGAAGGUUUCUGUAAUUGAUUGCUUUUAGAGUUUAGCUUCCUACAUAUUUUUGUUGCAUUGCCUGUCUGAAAUAGACAUGUAUUUGUGUAAAUCCCUGUGUGUUACAGCUAUCAGGGAAAGUUUGUGUUUGUAAGUAGUUUAUGUAUGUUUACAUACAUACAUUUAGAUAAAAGUUUAGAGGAAUGAUAUAUUCAUUGUUUCCUAGUUCUGUUUAAAUUAUCAAUUCAGGUUUAUAUAUAUAUAUAUAUAUAUAUAUAUAUAUAUAUAUAUAUAUAUAUAUAUAUAUAUAUAUAUAUAUAUAUAUAUAUAUAUAUAUAUAUAUAUAUAUAUUUCAGAGAUAUACCUUAUCAUACACAAAUUUCCUACUUAAAAUUUUUUAACCUAGUUUAUAAUUUACAAAACUCAAGUUCUAAUGUACUGGCUUGUGAGAAAAUUUGUUUUCUUAUUAUUGAUAGUGAGUAACCAGUUAUGAUAUUGCCUUAAAAACAGGAUAUAUUAUGGCAAAGGCAGUAAUGUGCAGUGUCCUGUUUUUAAUGUUUUUUGAUUACUUUCGUUCACAGAUAACUAAGAACUGUCAGCCAAGAAACAUGUUAAUGUGUUAUUUUAGAUACUAAUGCUUUCCAUCUUAAUUGAAUUAGGAAUCACUUGACUUUAUGAGAUUCAUGAAAUAAAUUAUGGACAAUGUUAUGUGUAUUGUAGAUUUAUCCAACUUGUUUUAGGUAAUCUAAUAGAUUCUCUCUCUCUCUCUCUCUCUCUCUCUCUCUCUCUCUCUCUCUCUCUCUCUCUCUCUCUCUCUCUCUCUCUCUCUCUCUCUCUCUCUCUCUCUCUCUCUCUCUCUCUCUCUCUCUCUCUCUCUCUCUCUCUUCUUCCUAACAGAUGUUUAAUUUUUUAAUGUUUUCAUGUAAAAUGAUUAUAUAUGAAUAUUUUAGUAUAAAUUGAAUUCUGAAUGUGUGUGUGUGUGUGUGUGUGUGUGUGUGUGUGUGUGUGUGUGUGUGUGUGUGUGUGUGUGUGUGGUGUAAUUUAACAUACUUGUAUUUUCUAUUGUCUAAAUUCCGAUGGAUGGUCUUACACAUUCAUUGAAACCCACAGAUAAUGACAAAUUGAGGAAAGAGUUGGUUUCUACCUGACACGGUGGACUGGCAAGGUCUCUCCCUUGGUGGGAGGUUAGCCUCAUAAAAGAGUGGUGAGGUCUCUCCAUUCCUCUCUGCCUGUUCGUUAUGAACAGCAUUGAGUGCAUUGUUACUUCAAUUCCUCUGGCUCUGCACUUCAACAGAUCUGUUUUCAGGACUAUUUCACUAGGUUAGUGUUUGCUCUCUGAUAUGGUUAUAAGAAAGUUCUCGUAUAAGUAGGUUAUCUGAAUGGCUUGCUUCUAACACUGAAAUCAGAUUAAAAAGUCAUAAUCAUUUGUCAUACAUUAAAAAAAAAAAGGAUAAAGUCAUUGUAGUGAAAAAAAGGGAAUAAUGAAACACUGAUUUGACUAGGUAAAGGUCACACAUUGCAACUUGAAUUGUGAUUUUUUUUUUUUCACCUUUUUGUCCAUAUAUUGGAACAAACUACUUUUUAUUAUUUUUUUUUAUUUCAUGUCUUAUUAAAGAUGACUGACGAUAAUAAUGAUAAAUGAUAAUAAAUACAUAUACUUACAAGAGAUAAGUUUUAAAAUCAAUCAGUGUAGCAAGUAUUUUUAAUUAGGUAUAUGUAAAUUAUUUUAUGAUUGAACGAAAAGUAACAAGUAUAAAAGGAAAUGCAGGGUUAUGUUUUGUAAAUAAGGAUAAAGUCAUUAUUGUAUUUAUAACUGUACAUUGUCACAGUGGAUAUCAAUGUUUUAUGAAAGUGAUUUGAAAAAUAUGAAUUAUUUGGUUGUGGAGCAUUUGUGGAAGAGUGAUUGCAAAAUGUAGUCAGAAAGCCUUGGGGAGUAGUUCAAGAUGAAUAUAUGAGUAAAAAAUCAUUAGAGAAGCUAUUAUUUCAAUAAAAGUGGGUAUUUUUUCUGUGAAUUUGAUAAAAGAGAAAGAAGAUAAAAUAUACAACAUAUGAUUAUCUAUACAAUUCCAUGCAUUGUUUCAACACAAACUAAAAUAAUGUUAUAACUGGCUGAUUUUCUAUUCUUAAUUGUAUUUUUAUUGAAUACAUAAGAUCCGGAAGAUUAUCAUCAGCAGUUUGAGCUUGAAAAAAAAUGUGAUGCAAACAACUUUUUAUUAUUGUAAAUAAACCUGAAAGCAUAAAGAUUAGCUUAAUAUUAGUUUUGCAACACCCCAUUUAGCUACUAAGCACUAUUUAGUGCAAAUGAUUGGCAGAAUGUUUUGACAUCACAACUGAGUUUUACACACCAAUCUGAGUUCUGAAAAAGCACAAACAAAGGCAUUAAUUAAGACCCAUGAUAAACAGAGUUGCUUUGAGUGAUAAGGACCAGCAAUAACCAUCAGAACCAAAACUGCAACUUUCGAGCUUUUUCCCAUUAGAAAUUAUAUUGAUCAGGAAAAGCCGUAUAAUACAUAACAUCAUCUUUUAUAUGACUGAAACUGAAGAAAAGAAAACUUUCCCUCAAUUUGAAUUAUAUAUAUAUAUAUAUAUAUAUAUAUAUAUAUAUAUAUAUAUAUAUAUAUAUAUAUAUAUAUAUAUAUAUAUAUAUAUAUAUAUAUAUAUAUAUAUAUAUAUAUAUAUAUAUAUAUAUAUAAUCAUGUCCUCUUUAUGCCCAAGUGAAAAGUUUUAAAAUUACAAACACUAUGAUGAUGUAACUAGUAUCAUGUAUUUUCAGGUAAUCAGUAGUUGGUAGGAAACAGGAGUGAUGAUGGUAUAAAAAUCCAUUAUGUCUUUGUUGUGUGACUGCGUGUGAUAUAUAUAUAUAUAUAUAUAUAUAUAUAUAUAUAUAUAUAUAUAUAUAUAUAUAUAUAUAUAUAUAUAUAUAUAUAUAUAUAUAUAUAUAUAUAUAUAUAUAUAUAUAUAUAUAUAUAUAUUGUAUUCACAGUUUUAAGUGUGGAAAUUUCAUGAGACCAUAUUUUCUAAGUGAUAAUAUAAUACUAUCAAUAGCUAAAAUUUUAUUUACUAUGUAGUUAAAUAUAUGAGUAGAUGCAUGUGAAAAGUCAUAGCAAUGUACUUAUAAAACUGGAGAUAUAUGAUAGUGUGGAAAAUGUGAAGUGAUUUCUAUUGAACUCUAUGAUAAACAAAACUUACAUAUAUGAAAUAUCUUGUGUGUGUGUGUGUGUGUGUGUGUGUGUGUGUGUGUGUGUGUGUGUGUGUGUGUGUGUGUGUGUGUGUGUGUGUGUGUGUGU